AUGCUAGGGCAGUCUUUUUUCGCUUUCGCCGCGUGCGUAUCCGGUGCUGCGGCAGCAUCCGGUUCGUUUAGCUUCCUCACAAUCAACGUUGCCGGCCUGCCAGCCUGGAUGAACGACAACGGUGUGCCGGGCGACAAGACUACCAAUGCUAAAUCAAUCGGUACUCGUUUUUCCGAAUUGAACUAUGAUAUCAUUCACAUGCAGGAGGAUUUCCAAUAUCAUGCUGCCAUCUACUCGACUGACACUCACCCAUACCGCACUCCUACGACUGGAACAGUUGUGUUUGGCUCGGGGCUGAACUCAGUUGCAAACUAUGACUGGACUGGCCUUACUAGAGUCACUUGGAACAAGUGCAAUCUAAAUAGCGGCGAUUGCUUGACCCCCAAGGGAUUCACAUACAUGCGAAUGGUAAUCCAGGGUGUUGAAGUUGAUCUUUACAAUCUUCAUGCGGAUGCUGGAUCCGAUUCCGGCGACGUCGACGCUCGCUCUGCAGGAAUCGAUCAGAUCCUUGCCUACGUGAACGCCAACUCUCAAGGCCGCGCCGUCAUCAUUGGUGGUGAUACCAACGACCGCUGGACCAACGCUGGAAGAAGCAUCAACAAGCUCACGGACGCGGGUUUCACUGAUUCAUGGGUCAGCCUUAUCAAAAAGGGAACUUAUCCCACAGCUGGUGCUACAGCAGAUCCUUGCGGCAACCCAGCUGAUGAUAAUGACUGUGAGAUUGUUGACAAAGUUUUCUUCCGUUCUGGCAGCUCGGUUAAGUUGAGCGCGACUUCAUUCAGCUAUGUUGGGAAGAGUUUCUUGCAGUCGGAUGGCAACAUCUUGACAGACCACAAUCCUGUUCUUGUUCAAUUUUCAUUCACAUCCUAA